AUGGUUCAGUCACCUAUGUUGUCAUGUCCGCUGAAGCAGACCAAUGAGAUCGAUUGGGUUCAACCCCUCAAGGAUUACAUUCGGCAGACAUACGGCGAAGACCCCGAGCGAUAUAACCAAGAAUGCGUCACUCUCAACCGCCUUCGCCAGGAUAUGAGAGGCGCAGGAAAGGAGAGUGCUACCGGUCGCGACUUGCUGUAUCGAUACUAUGGCCAACUGGAGCUAUUGGACCUCAGAUUCCCUGUCGAUGAGAACCAUAUCAAAAUCUCGUUUACAUGGUACGAUGCGUUCACCCAGAAACCUACGUCUCAAUACUCCCUAGCCUACGAAAAGGCAUCUAUCAUCUUCAACAUAUCUGCCGUUCUCUCCUGCCAUGCCGCCAACCAAAACCGGGCUGACGAUACGGGGGUAAAGACAGCCUACCAUUCCUUCCAGGCGUCCGCUGGAAUGUUUACAUACAUCAAUGAAAACUUCUUACAUGCGCCAUCGACUGACCUGAACCGGGACACUGUCAAAACAUUGAUUCACGUCACAUUAGCUCAAGCUCAGGAAGUGUUUUUCGAGAAGCAAGUGGCGGAUCAAAAGAAGCCUGGGUUUCUGGCUAAAUUGGCUAGCCAAGCAUCAUAUCUUUUCUCCCAGGCAGCUGACACAAUGCAAGAUUUUGUUGGCAAGAAUGUGUUUGACAAAGUCUGGACGACUGUUGUACAGAGCAAGGCAGCACACAUGGCAUCGGUGGCGUCUUAUUAUCAAGCAGUGGCGGAUAGCGAGAAUGGAUCACAUGGUGUUGCUAUUGCGCGCCUACAGAUGGCCGAUAAGCAAGCUCUCACAGCUCUGAGCUGGGCAAAAACGUUCCCCUCGACAGCCCCAGCGACUUCUCAUAUGACCGCCGAGUCAGGGCCCGCCCUACUGGAUCUUAUCAAACACAACCAAGCAAACGUACAAGCUCAGCUUGCUACUAUGGUCAAAGAUAAUGAUUUCAUCUAUCACCAGCCAGUCCCCAAUGAGGCUGCUCUUUCAGCUGUUUCUAAACUGCCUGCGGCCAAAGCAAUCCCAGUAAGCGAGUUAUAUCAAGGGCAAGAUAUCCAGCGAAUUAUUGGACCCGAUAUUUUCCAGAAGCUGGUGCCUAUGUCUGUCACUGAAACCGCUAGUCUCUAUGAUGAAGAAAAAGCCAAGUUGAUUCGCGCUGAAACAGAAAAAGUUGAGACCGCUAAUGGCGAGUUUGAGGCCAGUUUGGAUUAUCUGAAACUACCAGGCAGUCUCAAUAUCUUGAAAGGUGGCAUGAACCAGCAGAUGUCAGUGGACGAAGAGUUCCGUCGCUGGUGCUCUGAGCUUGCUGGACAUACACCAUUCCAUAGGGCGGUUGACGAGCUGCAAAAUCGUAAGCCAGAAGUGCUGUCCCAAUUAGAUCAGUGUUCGAAACAACUUGAUCUUGAAGAGAGCGUGUGUGAAAAGAUGAGGUCCAAGUAUGGAGCAGACUGGAGUCAGCAACCCAGUUCACGACUUAAUACCACGCUCCGAGGAGAUAUUCGGUCUUAUCGAGACACUAUUAACGAGGCCAGCACAAGUGAUACUCAGCUUUCUUCCACACUUCGGCAGUAUGAGACCGAUUUCGAUGAAAUGCGAUCUGCCGGGGAAACAGGUGAAGCCGAUGUGCUCUUUCAACGAGCUUUGCUCAAAGUCGGCUCAAAGCACAGUAAAAACAAGAGUGGCGUCACCAGUCCUGCGGAAGGUACUCUUUUGGAUGAUGUCUAUGAUGAAGGUGGUGCCUCUGUCGCAGAACAGAUCGCCAAGGUGGAAGAGAUCUUGAAGAAACUUAAUCUUGUAAAGCGAGAGAGGUCUCAAGUGCUCAAGGAUCUCAAGGAUAAGGUCCACAACGAUGACAUCUCAAAUGUCUUGAUCUUAAACAAGAAAUCGAUUACUGGCCAAGAAACGCAGCUCUUUGAUGCCGAGCUGGAGAAGUUUCGGCCCCAUCAGAACAGAAUUCUGCAGGCGAACCAUAAACAACAAUCUUUGAUGAAAGAACUCACCAAAAUAUACGGAGAGCUUCUGCAAGAUAAGAGGGUUCAAUCCGAGCAGUCAAAGUAUGAAUCCAUCACACGCCAACGCAACUCCGUAAUUUCUCGAUACAAGAAGAUCUACGAAGCAUUCAAUGGCCUUUCGUCAGGUAUAACUCAAGCGCGAAUAUUCUACAAUGAUAUGGGCGAGAAUGUCGACAGUCUCCGUAAGAACGUCGAAACCUUCAUCAACAACCGCCGAUCAGAAGGUGCGCAGCUUCUCAGCCAAAUCGAACGCGAUAAGGUCACCGGUGUCUCGGAGCAGGAAGAUCGUGAGAGAGAGAAGCUGCGCCAGUUGAUGGAGCGCUUGUCUACGGAACCUAAGAGCUCAUCAACCUCACCAUCCACUGUGUCAGGGGGAGCACCCUCGAAGGUCAAAUCACCACCACCCCCUGUUCAGACACCAGCAUAUGGAACCACUGGCCCAUCUCCAAAGAUGUCACCCCGCUACCCGCCCGCCAUGCCAGGGCAUAGCGCGACCCUCUCCUCACACCCAUCCGCACCUUACGGACAGUACAUGGGCGCCCCUUAUCCGCCACAGCAGCACUUCCAGCAAGGUGCUGCAGCUCCACUAUCUGAUGGCUACCACCCCAUGGCAUAUCCCUCCCGGACCCCCGUCUCUCCACCUCCGAGCCAACAAUAUUUCCCUCGAAAUGCGGCUCCAUACGGAGGCUACUCCAAUUCCAGCACACCAGCCCCCAGUGUGGCUCCUCCGUCCUCACACUACAUGACUCAACAGGGCUACAUCCCACCUCCGCCGCCUCCACUUCCCCAACAUCCUAGCUAUCCGCCUUCUUCUGGUGGUGUGCAUCCUUCUGGUCCUGGUGGCUAUGCGCAGGUCAGGCCACAUGGUCAUCGCAAGGCACCUUCACAGUCUCAGCCUCAAUCUCAGCCAAAUCCCAACGAUCCCUGGGCUGGUCUCAACGCUUGGAAAUGA